AUGGCGUCGCCAGGCAUGUCCCAGUCGGGGGGUCUGUCCGCUCACUCCAUUUACCCGAGCACAAGUUUCUCCUCCCAGGGCAGUCCCUUUUUCCCCUCUACAGACCGCGGAGGCAGGAUGACUCUAGAAGAAAUCAAACGCGAGUUCGCAAAGCACAAACUCGAGUGUCCAGACACCAUGUGGAGGGAACCGCAGCCGGAGCAGGUCCAGGGCCUCUACUCCUUUGCCAUUGAGAGCAUCUUCAGCUUGACAGUAAACGACGUGCGCAUCGAGGAGGUCACAGGCGACGUCCGUAGCUGCUUGCCUUCCAUCGACAGCUUGCAGUUCCUGUCCCAGGAUGGGCGGUUGCAUGCAAAGGCGAUCGGGAAUCUCCGCUUCUUUCGCCUCUGCCAGCGACUCAACAGGGUGUUGGGACUGCCGGAUUUCACUCGCGAGACAUUCGCUUCUCCGAGCGCGGCCGCGGUACUGCGUUUCGCGAGUUCAGUUUGCACUUUUCUUCGCCUGAAAGAAACCCUCUGGAAACAGUUCGAGGGGCAAAUCCAGCAGCGCGCAGCUCUCCAGCAGAGUCUUCAGAAAAUCAGCCAAGACGCGCAGCUCGUGGACCAAGAGCUCCUGCGCUUCCGGGCAGAGCGACAGACGCAGCAUCCAGUUGCGCAGCGACAGAAACAGAGACGCGACGAACUCGAGUCCGAGUUGCGGCAGCGACACAGCGACCUCGGGGCACUCAUGGAACAGUUCGCCGAGCGCCAGGCAAUUCAUGGCAGACUUGAACUGGAGCUCGGCGACCUCGUCUUGGAACUGAUGAAUCUGAAGCAGGAGCGCGAGGAGCUGCACGACCAAGUGGUCCACUCCCCCGAGAAGCUGAUGGAAAGACGGGGUGAGCUGCGGCUACAGCAGAAGCACCUGGAUCAGCAGCUGCAGCAACUGGAGAGCCUGGCAACCAGCCAGCAGAAACUCCUCCUCGCUUUCGCCAAGGCUCUGAAGAAGGCGAAAAAGGCCAUGGAAAUCCUAAACUCCCAUCGAGACAAAAUCCUCGCUCCGCACCUCGGAUUUCGAAGCGACAUGCGGAUGCGAGAGAAACUGUUUCGGGAAAUCGGCGAACAGAAGGAGCAGCUGAGCCGGGCUGUGCAGGAACUGCAGGUGGAACGCGAGAAGCUAAGCCGGCAGCUGGACGAACAGGAGAGAAGAAAAGAAGAAGAAGAAAUGGAGCUGCGUGGGAACCUGUCGCGAAGAAAACAAGAAACAGAAGACCGAAAAAAAGCUCUCGUCAAUCAACAAGAGAUGACGACAGCCUUCCUGAGAGAGGCAGAGAGACUGGAAGAGCGCCUGGCGGAGCAAAAGGAGCGACACAAACUUCUCGUAGAGGCAGUCGAAGAAGAAAUCCAAAAAGUGUAUUCUGCAUUCCUUACUUACGUCUCGCAGAUGCAAUUCAUCCGAAGUCAGAUGCCUCUGUCUCUCGAUCUCUCCCAGAGUGCGUCGUUCCUCGUGGACCACCACGCAGAGAAGCUGCAAACCUUUUCGCCGGCAGCCUCUCGCGAUCGAGAAGAGAACCCCGAUGACUUCCUCGCUUCGCUUUUGAGCAACUCUUCUGACGAUUCCCUCUCCGCUCCUUCGGCGCUCCGCGAAGAGGAGAAAGAGAACCAGGCACAGCCUCGACAACCCGAGGGCGACCGCGGCAGAAGAGAUUUUCGCACCCUUGACUCUCCAGAGAAGACAAAGCGACUGAGUUUUCUGGAGGAAGAGACGGAGACCGACGUGAGAAUGGAGGAUUUGGAGCCGGAGCACGAAGGGCGCCUCCGUACCUCGCCCCGGCCCGCAGAAUCCAGAUAA